AUGAAAACAAGGUCUGGGCCAAAGCAUGAUUCAAAAGGUCUCCUUAAAUCUUUUAGCACUGGAAUUUUGAUCAUGGAAUCAGGAAAACCUGAAACUUCAUCAAAAAUAAUACCAGACAGACAAAAAUUGGAAUAUUGUGCAAAGGUAUUGUUAACUAAUACUUUUAUAGAAUUACCAUCAAAUACAAGGUCAGAAAUCUAUAAAUUGGAAUCAUAUCUUGUGCAAACAAAUGUUUCAUCAUUUAAACUUGAUGUUAAAGGUAAAAAAUAUGAACCACCACAGUUCCUAAAAUUUGACAGGAUAUCUGAUGAAGAUUGUGUUCAUGAGGCCUUGAAUAUAAACAUACUCAGAUCGCUCAAUUUAGCUGGAUGUCAUCAUGAACUGAAAGAGGAAUAUAUUCACCAUAUUACAUUUCCAUCUAUGAUUGGUGAACCAGAAUUUACAUGGUUUAUGAGACGAGAUGCAAAGAUCCUUUACAUAAAUGAUACUUUUAACAUUGGAGAGCAACUUACAUUGUUACAAGCUUUUGAUUAUAUAAAGUUUCUUGUACACAAAAAUCCAACUGCUUCAACUCCUCCUUCAACUCAUCAGAGCCGUACUGGAUUAGAUGGUUUCAGUUUAACUGGUGUCAUCCAGAAGUCUGUAAAGUAUUCUAUUGUAGGUGGUGGUGAUUUUUCACGAUCUAUAUUGUUUUAA